GCAUAGCCAGGUGAAUCAAUUUCGCGUUAGUGCGCGAUAAAAGUGUAUUUGUUUAUUUGUUAGUAUUAUCGGAAGAGCAAUAGAUUUGCCUUUAUCGUAAAUAAUAACAUAUUGAACAUGCAAAGAUGGCGAGCAAGCGAUUGAAAAUAGAUGACAUGGUUGUGGAUUACAAAUUUGCUUGUCGCUGUUGUCUUAAAUCGGAGGCGGAGUUCUUCAAGCUGGACGCUCUAACCGAGUCUAGUUUAAUAGACGACAAUAAUGGGAACUCCACAAAAAUACCUCUAAUACGUUUGCUAUUAUUCUGCAUUCGAACCGAAAAUCUGCCUGAGCUGCCGCAAUAUAUUUGUGCUGAUUGCAGUAAGAGUUUGCAAAUUGCCUACUUUUUCAUACAAAACGCUCAAAAGGCUCAUGAAAUUCUCUGUCGCAAAUUGUGCCCUGGCAAGAUAACGAAGGCGACAACGCGAUUCAAUGGUCAACCACCCCUAGAGCUGCAUCGCGGGGACAAUGUGAAGCCCUCAAAGUCUUCUGUUCGCCACGAGUGCAAAAUCUGUGGCGCCAUUACUAGUAAUCGUCUGGAACUCAAACAACAUAUUCGCAUGCAUUCAGAGCAAACGCGCCAUUCAUGCAAGUUGUGCAAAUUCGUGACAUUUAAGCAGCGACUGCUUCCCGAGCAUUACAGGAAAGCGCAUGGCUUAACGGCUGCUCAAAUAGAUCAGCAGUUGAAAAUGCGCAAAUCCUUGCAGGCUGCUAUGUACGCUACAAAUGCGACGACAUCAAGGCAAGCGAGGGAAAAUGAUGAUGCACAAGUGAAAGUGUGUACACUGGAGGACAUGGAGUUACUGAUUCCCACUGUGCUGACGCCCGAAGACUUCUCGCAGCCUCAACUUGACGCUGAUCAACUACGUGAUAUUGAACAACAGCUGGGGAACUCUUUGGAUGCGAAUGAUUCCGCCGUCUUGCCGGUUGAUGAUCCUACGGGUGGCAACUCGAAUAUGAGCAUUGGGGCGGAGUUUCUUGUCAUGCCUGAUGGCUCGUUGCAGCAAGUCCAUGGUGGUGCUGGGGUUGUCUUCGAGUACAUCGAUGACAGCAAAACCCCACAGCAAAUAACGGCAAAUGUCACGACAAACGCAAGUUUGCAGAACUUACUGGAUGACUCCAAGUCGGAUGUGACAUACAGUGCAAGGGAUAUUGAAAUAAACCAUCCAGUCGGAGAUUCAUUGCCACAAAUCACUGUGAAACCAAAACUUCGACCAGGUCCAGGAUCGACGAGUGUAAUGAAGCACAAGUGUAAUCUGUGUCCCAAAGUAUUUCCCACAAUUGCACGCCUUAAAUCUCAUCAAUUAACACAUAGUCAUUUACCCAAGUUUUAUUGUGAUCAGUGCUCUUAUCACUCGCUGCGCAGCUCCGAUCUCAUUAAGCACUAUACAGAGGAGCAUAAGUCUUCCAUUGGCGAUAGUAAAAUUCACGUUGAGAAAUCCUUGCAGUCGCUGUCGACGGACAAAAGUCGUAUAUACUCUUGCGACAUGUGUUUGUUUGAGACACCAAGUAGUGCUCAUUUAAGAUCACACUAUAGUGAUAAGCACAUGAUACAGCCAAGUGACAUCCAACUGCGUCCCAGCUGGUCAAACGACACCAAGGAUAAGGGAUGCAGCCCGUCGCAUUUGCCUCUUGGUAUCACAUAUCCAUCAACAUUCACUGAAUCAACAAUUGAAUCAUCGGCAACAACUGAGUCGACUGGAACUACAACGGCGACAACGACAACGCUACAGGAUCUACAACCUGCUCAGCCGACAACUACAGCUGUGGUUACGCCUGCUGGCGAUAUAAACGUGGUUGUGGAUGCCACCUCAUUAUUCUAUGAUGGUGGCGCAGCAUCAUCAACAGCGACAACUACAAGUACAACAACAUCAACAGAACCAACUGAGAAUGUCUCUGCAGCAUUUGAAGUAUUCCCGGAGCAAUCUUUAUCCAAAUCCAUAAGGACAACACCGAGGAAAGUCGAUUUAAGUGGCAUUCUGCCUGCUGUCAGUGUUUCUACUACUGCUGGUGGUGGCAAUAUUGGUGUAGUUACCACAGCAAAUCCAAACAAUUCUAUUUUUGGAGACAUGCAAGACUUCAUUGACAAUACCGACGUCGCCGCCAUUUGCACUAUACCAGCCGACGAUAUGCCGGUCGUUGAUGGCGACGAUAUUGUGAUUGAUAACAAUAAUAUGAGUUUGGAUUUCGAUGCCGAGAAUUUGUUUGAUGACUUCGAGGAAGAUGUUGAAGUGGGUGAAGAUGAGGAUGAGGAUGAGGAUGAUCCCGAGAAUGAGGAUGAGAAUGAAAACAAUGACGCGGCUGCCGAUCAAAACUUGCUACUUACCAGUGAUGAUGAUGAUGUCGAUGACUUUGAUGACGAGCAAUCCAAGCAUCUACAGAAACCGUAUUGUAUCUAUUGCAACAAAAAGUUUACCAGCCAAUACAAGUUUGAGAAUCAUAUGUUUGUACAUCGCGGACUGGCGCCAUAUCGAUGUGAACUCUGCACCAAUCUGUACAAUAUGAAGCGUCUGCUCAUACGUCACUACAAAACUGUGCAUAAGCGGAUGCCGACGAGGGAUAUGGUUCAGGCCAAGGGCGACAAAGUAACAGUGGAACGCACAGCGAUCGAGAAGCUGCACGUCGGUGUGGAUAAGCCUCCGAUACUGAUGUGUGCCAAGUGUCCUUUUGAAUGCGAAGUGGAGGGUGAGAUGCGAAAACAUCUCAAUGCUCAUCAUGGCAUUAACGAUGGCGUCUCAGUACAUGCCAACGAGGUGUUUAUCAUACGCAAACUACCUUUUGAGUGUCCACGCUGUAUUCGCUCGUUUGCGGCAAAACGCACGUUGACUCGCCAUUUGCAGCGAAGUCACUUAGUAGACACAAUCAUUGAGAUGCAGGCGCCUCAAUGGACAACCAGUUCAGCAGCAACAACAACAACCACUAUGACGUCUACAACCGCCUUGCCGAAGAAUGCACAACGUAUUGUUGCUGAGGUUGACACUGAUGGCGAUGGCGAUGGCGAUGGUGAUGGUGAUGGCGAUGGCAGUGGCUAUGGAAAAAGCGCGAUGACAUUGAAAAAUGAUCUUUGCUCAUCGCCGUGUGCAACAGCAGACAACAUAGUGAUAAACAGUGACACUGGAAUUGAAACGGAUAAUGAGGAUAUUGACAGUAAAUCAUUGACCUCAACACCAACGUCUGGAUUCGCAACAAUUACCACAACAGCUGACACAAAUGAUGCUAUCGAUGAUAAACAAAAAACAACUACAGAAUCUUCGCCUUUAACUUCAACCUCCCAGAUAACGUCUGAAUCACCGACAUCACCGUUAACAACAACAUCAACAGCACUCGAAAAAACACCGACAACAUCAACACUUUUUCCAACGCCCACGCCAUUUGAUUUUGAUCUGGACUUCAUAGAAAAUGGUGCGCAUGGCAACAACGACAACUUUAAUGUAUUGCCAAUCACAGGACAAUUGCUAAACGGCACAGAUAAACUACUUACAGCAGCAUUGGAGCCGUCACCAGUUAAAGAUCUUCGUUCCAGGUUACCCCAAACUCCAAUUUUUGUGUGUAAACAAUGCAAUCAGACAUUUGACGAAUUGAGUAAAAUGUUGCAGCAUGAAUUGGAGCAACAUUCCAGCGGCAUUGUGUCGCCGCGUAACGUCUAUCAGCAUCAGUGUAAAGUCUGCAACACAACAUAUCGAACAGUGACGCUCUUAAAUUAUCACAUGAAAAGGCACGCACCACGCAAGAUUCCUUGUAAGCAGUGUUCCAAAGAGUUCACAACGAGUGCAGAGCUAGAGCAACACGUGGAUGCUGAGCAUCGGACAAACACGGCCUUGAAAUGUGGCAUCGAUGGUUGCGAAAAGACUUUUAAUUACAAGCAUCAUCUUAAGCGACACCAAACAGCUUCCCAUACUCGUGUACAAUAUAUAUGUCCCGAGUGCGGACGCGAUAUGUUAACCAGUCUUCUUUUAAGAAACCACAUAAAAAUGCAUAAGGGAACACAUUCCUACAAGUGUCCAAAGUGCGUUCGGACUUAUAUGCGACCCGGACCCUUUCAAAGACAUGCACUGCGUGAACAUAAAUGGCAUCUUACUGAGGAUGAGUUAAAUAAAAUGUAUAGCGUGAAUGAAUCCACACCUCCGAUAAAAAUUCGCGAACGAAGGUCGCAUGAUGUUGAAAACGAUACGUCUGAUUAACCAUUUGACGCACCACGAUUAUUAUAUCAUAAAAAAGAGAAUAUAUAUUUUGUAUACAUAUGUAUAAUAAGUAGUAUAAACGUUUAUCAAGCUUAAGUUUAUACUACAUUGUUUGGUAUAGAAUCUUGCCGCACAAUGCAGAUUGUCUGUUAAUCCCUGUAUCCUAUAGUUGUUUGUAUAAAUGCACGAAUGAGAGACAGUUGGUGAACGAGUUAAUUAAUAUGUUAAAUUAUAUUCAUAUAUAUACGAAAGUAAUAGGAUUACUGUUUUUUUUUUAUAUUACUUUUAAUUGACUAAGUAUGCUUAAUUUAAGCACACAUGAAUUAAGCCUUGAACUUAUAAAUUUUAAUUUCUUUCUGACUAAACUGCACAAAUCUCAAUAUAUUUCACAUCUACCUU